GUGAGUGAAACAGACGAGCGGUUGUGUGUGUGUGUGUGAGUGUGAGUGGGUUCCUCACUUCGCUGUGUGUCGGCGGCUCUGGAACGUGCGAUCAACUUUAAACCAAUCGGUCAAAAAGGGCUGAACCGACGACAACAACAACAACAACAACAACAGGAAGAAGAAGAAGAAGAAGAAGGGAAGGUUUAAAUAAAGAGGAACAUCAACCAAACACCCCCCAAAAAAAAAAAAAAUGCGAGAGAGACGGACGGAGAGAGAAAUAUGAAAAGGAUUCGGUGCUUCGUGUUGUCCUGAGAUGGCAACUGAGAGUCACCAGAAGUUAUAACGACGGGAAACCUCCUCCACUGUGUUAAUUCCUUUUAACGUGUUUGCUGUUUGCUGACCCCCCCCCCAUGGCUGCUGUGCCCUCUCCUGGGUGUCUGAGCGCAAGGAAUCAGUUUUACAGAAGUAGACUGAACUCAGCUUCCAAUACUUCCUCUUCUAGUUCUGACUCCGAUCGAAAAGAAGGUGUCUCUUUGGCAACCCAGGAGAGUAGCCAUGAAGGUUUGCCAUUAGCCGCAGAGAAAAACUGGUGGAUUGCCUGUUUGUUUGCAAAUCCAGUUGUUUCUAAGUUCUCUGCUGGGAGCACCCACAGAUGAAGGUAUUCUGCUAAGAGCUUUGAGAUGUCUCAACGAUGCGAUAAGGCACUAUCUCAAAUCCAAGAAUUAUUAUGAUUAUUAUCAAGGUUGCUUUCAAGAGCGUAUAUCAGGCAUAUAACUUGAAGCAAUUGCAAAUGAAAAAAAGCUUUGUUCUGAUCCCAAACCCAUUUUCUGCCUGAAACGCGCAAGACUUUAGUAAUAUUAACCUAAAGUGAAGUUUACAAAAAGCGUAUUUAUUACUGGCUGAAAGGAGCCAUAAGAGCUAGAUGUUUUUUUUUUGGUAUUUGGUAUACUAGAAAAUCUGUGGCAGCUCUGGCUAGCCAGAUCUCAACAGGUUUCUUUUUUAUUUACUCUGUAAAUCACACAUCUCUAACCCUGGUUGUUUCCUAGAAACAUUCAGUUUUAAAAAAAAAACUAACUUUGCAAUCUUGACAAAUGGUAAAUGAGAGGAAAUUGUGUAAUGGGGUGGAAUACUGUAUCUACAUAUGGACAUCAUUUAUAUACACUGGGAGACGGGAUGAGAGACAACUCUCAUGUUCAUUCACUUGUCACUAAACUGGACUGAAAUAAUGCUUCCAAUACAAUUCAAUCAGCCGAAAUAAAUGUAGAGUAUGCAGAAAUACGCCCUUAACACAACACAAACGGAAUGGAUGGCAGUGCCUUGGAUCAACAAAUGUUGCCUGGCAAUGCACAAAAGGUUCUGGCAACGAUCCAACAGUCAAAAGAUAACAGUAAAUGGCACAGUGCGAGCAAGGUUAAAAUUGCCCCGAGGGACUAUUGCAUUAGAUCCAGUUGCACUUUCUUUGACUACUUUAAGCGAACGAGCUGCCAUUUAUUUUGACCCUCUUUUGAAAUUAUUUUACAUUUGGGUUAUAAUGCCCCCCCCCCCCCUCCCCCCCUCCUUCCUCUCUAUAUCAAGAGGCGUGAAAUUUAAAAUGUUUCAAAGCAGUCUCUUCAGCAAAUAUUAAACUGCAGAUGCUUACAUACACUGACUUUCUCAGCAUGGCUGAGCAUUGCUUACUUGAUUCAGAAUAUGAAAUAAUAGACAGGAGAGAUUAGGCUGAACAAUGUUUACGGCAUCUCGCACAGCCAUUGAUACACAAUGCCAAAUCAGUCUUACAAGGCCAAAUUGAAAUUAAUUUUUAGCGAACAGAAAAAGCGAUAAAACUUGUUUUAAUCGUUAACUUAUGAAUAAUAUUUGAGCAUCAGCCUGUGUAGCGCUUCGGAAAAAGUCCAAAUAUUGUACGUAUUGUAUGGUUCGUUUCAUUUUGUAUUUUUAUAAUAAAUAUUUAAUAUUCUGCUUGCUGAAA